CCCUUGCCUGGCCCCGCCCGUGCCCCUUCUGUGAACUGAAGUCACUCUCCUUUCUUGUGUCACCUGAUGCUCCCUGCCCCGUCCUGCUCUGGGCUCAGAGUCCAGCUGUGCAGCCACGGUCACUGGUAAAGGAUCUACGUGCCUUCCUCUGCACCUCCCUCAUGAGUGCCAUGCACAUGUCAGUCUUACUUCUUGGAAGAAGAGGCCAUGGGUGAUCAGGACCUACCUGGAGUUCUGGUGUCUGAUCUUGAAGGACCACAUGGUAUAUGUGAAGAUCAUGCUGAAGACCUGAAGAGACACUUUAAUCUCAUUACCAUGCAAGACUUUUUGGAAAAUAAAGCACAGCUGGGUCCCAAGAUCCAAGCUGUAUACAUCUGGGGCGGAAGGCCGGCCGUCAGCCAGGAGCUCCUGUGCAGCCUGCCCUCCUUGAAGAUCGUGGCCAGUGCAGGGGCAGGGUUGGACCAUCUGGACCUAGGGCUCGUGGCCAGCUUUGGCGUGAAGGUGGCCAACACACCACAUGCUGUCUCUAGCCCCACGGCAGACCUGGGGAUGGCCUUGCUGCUUGCCGCAGCUCGGAGAGUUGUGGAAGGUCAUCAGUUGGCUGUUUCACCACAUACAGAGAACUUUCCUACAGACUAUAUGGGUCAACAAGUGACAGGGGCCACUCUGGGAAUUAUCGGCAUGGGCAGCAUUGGCUAUAAGAUUGCUCAAAGGGCCAGAGCAUUUGAAAUGAAGAUUGUCUAUCACAAUAGGAAACGCAGAAAAUUGGAGGAGGAGGAAGCUGUUGGGGCCAUUUACUGUGAGAGGCUGGAUGACCAGUCGUCGGACUUUGUGAUGUUGGCUGUGAGCUUGACGCCACAGACCCAGGGCCUGAUCGGGAAGCGGGAGCUGAGGUUAAUGAAGCCCACCGCCAUCCUUGUCAACAUCGGCAGAGGUCUGCUAGUUGAUCAAGACGCCCUGGUGGAAGCCCUUCAGACCAGGCUCAUUAAGGCGGCAGCACUGGAUGUGACGUACCCAGAGCCCCUGCCCAGAGAUCAUCCUUUAUUGGAGUUGAAGAACAUCAUUCUGACACCUCACAUUGGAAGUGCAACUCAUCAAGCAAGACGACAGAUGAUGGAAAAUUUGGUUGAAAGCAUCCUGGCUUCUUUCAGUGGCCUUCCUAUUCCUAACGAAGUGCUGCUUAAAUGAUUUAUGUGAGUUAAGCAUUCAGUGGGAUGGAAACAGCAGAUUAAAUGGGAAAGAAACACUUUUGUAUACUUUA